AUGACGUCGCCACCCUCGGUGUUCUCCCUGGUGGAUGCCUCGGUCCCCGAAGCCCAGAACGCUUGGAUAACCUCCGCAGUGUACCACUGGGUGGAGAUGCGAACCAAGAUGAGCGUCAUGGGCUUCAAGGCCGAGGCCGUGAAGCCGCUGAACGAGGAGGCGGCCGCCGAGCUGGGCGCCGAGCUGCUGGGCGAGGCCACCAUCUUCAUCGUGGCCUGCAGCUGCCUGCUGCUGGAGUACUGGCGCCAGCAGGCGCAGCGGCGCCGCAACAAAGUCGAGCGGCUGGCGGCCUGGGACGCGCUGCGGGACGAGGUGGGCCACCUGGCGCUGGCACUGGAGGCGCUGCAGGAGCAGGUGCAGGCGGUGCCGCCGCAGAGCGCGCUGGAGGAGCUGCGCGCGCAGGUGCAGGAGGUGCGCGCCCAGCUCUGCGCCGCCGACCUGCAGCCCGCCCCCCAGGAGUAGGCGGCCGCAGGGCCCUGGUCUCGGAGGCAGCUGCUCUCUGCCCUGUGUCCCAUCCCAAACCGGCGGGGCUGGCACCACCUGGUCCUUUGGGGUGAGAAAGGAUCCUGGGCGGGGACUCACCCCACUGGGCAGCUGGUCACCUCCAUCCUGCCCCGCUCUGUGGCACCCUGCCCUGGGCCUCCAGGGAGUUGCGAUGCACCAGUGCCCAGGGCCCGCCGUGUCUUCUGUGGGCCCCCAGCCAGCCAGCCAGCCAGCCACUCACCAUUAAGCAGCCCACAGGACAUCCUUCUUUUUGGCAAAACAAAUUGGGUCCUGUACAGGGAUUUGGCCAACUUCUGUCACACCUCGUUAUGUCUCAGGGGAGCCCCCCACCUCUUCGUUGGUAGACCACUGUGGGGGGGGGGGUUGAAACCAUGCUGGAAGUUCCGGGGGACUCCACCAGCGCGUCCAUCUACCUCUCUUCUUGCGGGUGGGGUGACCUUGCACUGCGCUUGCCCCGCCAGUCACCCUCCGGCCCCCACCUGUAAUCCCCCCCCCGACAGUGCCUUCACCUGGCUUCUCCCCUCCCAGAGUGGAGGGCGCACAGCACCACCCUCUGGCCUGGCCACUGCCUCAUCUCCCAAACACAUCUCCCCCGACGGUUGGGGUGAUGCAGGACCCCAGGGAGAACCGCUCUGAACCCCUCUGCUCUCAGCCCAGCCCCGUUACCUGCCCCAGACCCCGAGCUGACCCCGCCCUUCCUCCUCACUCUUCCAGCUCCCCCACCUGUCAGUCACAUCCCACCUCCCACCCAGUCUGCUCCUCGGAGCUCUCAGAGGUCGCCCUUCCUGCCAAGGCCCCUCCAGGGAGCCCGCCCACCCGUCACCCGGACGGGCAGUCCUGCCUCCCCACUGGGGCGCGCGUGAGCUCUGGGACCUCUGAACUGCCUUGCCAGACUCUGUGUCCGUCAUUGAAGCAGCUCCGGGGGAAACAGGUCAUCUUGGGAACAUGUCUGAGACGGUGGCGUCCACCUGCAGAGUGGGUCGGGUGUUGGGGAACUCUGGGGGAGCGGGGACAGGGUUGACCCCGGAGCGUUUGCCCAGUGGGGAAACCGCAGCCCUGCAUGGACCCAGGGACCUGCCCUGGCUGUCUCCGGCAUGAAGGGGACGGGGCAGGGGAGCGGCCUGGCCAGGGACCACGAGGGGUUCCAGCAGAGAACCCAGCGUCCGUCCAUCCGUGCGUGAGGGAGAGGCAUGGAGGACGGAGCCGGCCUCCGGCCCCUCACAGCAGCCCUGCCAAUCACCCAGAGAGUUUAGCAUUUGUAAAAACCGGCAGAUUUAUUCCACGGGGGCCCAUUUUAUGAGGCUGAGGGGGAGGUGGGGGCAGAGGCCGCCUCCCCCCUGUUUCGCCCUCAUCUUCCCAAGGUGGGUGAAAAUGGCCAGGGCCCCACCUACCCAAAUACAAAACCAAAAAACUGAGGUUCCAAAAAGUUACAGCAUCUUAAUUCCUCAUAGAAAAGGGGAAGGAGCCAGAGGGAGGGAAGUCCCCGGGGUGGGGGCGGCACCCCAGCCCGACAGGACGUCCCCCGGCAGCUGCCCCAACCAGGGCACGCCGAGGGCCACAGCAUUAAAAACCCCCACACCCCAUGUUAUCAAAACCAAAGAGGCAAAAAAAAGUACCCUUCCCCCCCAAAACCCAAAUAUAUAUAUAUAUUUAUAUACUUCUUAAAAAACAAAACUUCGAAGGCAUUAAGCGUUAAAGUGAAUCUAAACAAGGGAAUGUGAAUUCCCUCUUCCCUUCCCCCUUACUGUGGGGUUAAUGGUACAUCCCCAGCAGAGGAACCAGCCCCAAGGGGAUGGCAGAGGGGAAGGACCAAAGGGAGCAAAGGGUGGGGGCCUCCCCAGCCAAUCAGCAGCCAGUACGGGUGUGGGCACGGUGCAGGGAAGCCACACCCCCUUGGAAUCUUCCAAGUGGGAGGGGGCAGGGGGAGAUGCAUUCCCGUGUAGUCUUCAGCCAAUUCCACGUGGAGUCGAGGCAGGGAAGCAGG